AUGGGGGUGGAUUAUUACAACAUAUUGAAGGUGGGGAGAAAUGCAACAGAGGAUGAUGUGAAAAAAGCAUAUAGAAGAUUGGCAAUGAAAUGGCAUCCAGACAAAAACCCCACCAACAAGAAGGAAGCUGAGGCCAAGUUCAAGCAAAUCUCCGAGGCUUAUGAAGUCUUGAGCGAUCCACAGAAGAGACAAACCUAUGAUCAAUAUGGUGAAGAAGGUUUGAAAGACAUGCCUCCACAAGGUUCAGGAGGUGGAUUCCAAAAUGGGUUCAAUCCAAGAAAUGCAGAAGAUAUCUUCGCGGAGUUUUUUGGGAGCAGUCCCUUUGGAUUUGGAUCAGCCGGUCCUGGCAGGUCCAUGAGGUUUCAAUCUGAUGGAGGAGGGCCAUUCGGAGGAUUUGGUGGAGGUGAUAACAUUUUCCGAACCUACAGUGAUGGAACUGGUGCCUCCAUGCCAAAGAAACCACCACCAGUAGAAAGUAAAUUAAAUUGCAGCCUUGGGGAGCUCUAUACAGGAUCAACUAGGAAAAUGAAGAUAUCUAGAACAGUGGUUGACGUGAAUGGGAGGAUGUCAACAGAGACAGAGAUUCUAUCCAUUGAAGUAAAGCCCGGAUGGAAGAGGGGAACAAAGAUAACAUUUCCUGAUAAAGGGAAUGAGCAGUUCAACCAGCUUCCUGCAGAUCUUGUAUUUGUGAUUGAAGAGAAGCCUCAUAACGUAUACAAGAGAGAUGGUAACGAUCUCAUCAUGAAAUAUACGGUGACACUAGCUGAAGCAUUAGGAGGAACAACAGUAAACAUCACAACGCUGGAUGGACGCGAAUUGUCAAUCCCGGUGAAUGACAUUAUCAGUCCUGGUUAUGAACUUGUGGUUGAUAAAGAGGGAAUGCCUAUUGCGAAGGAGCCCCGUAAUAAAGGUGAUUUGACGAUCAACUUUGAAGUUAAGUUUCCAACAAAAAUGACAACUGAGCAAAGAGCAGCUAUCAAACGUGCUUUAGGAGGUUAA